UAGUGACAAUUUCGGUGGUGCAGAGUGAAUAAAGUGAUUUUAAAUUCAAUUGUGAACGAUAUUCGGUGUGCUUGUAAUUUAGUGAUUCAAUGAGCGAUUGAAGUGAUUUGAGAAAUAAGGAAUUGUGAUGGCGACGGAAGACAACGGAAGCCCUCAGGGUUCUCCGAAGCCGUCAUUAGCUGCGCAACCUACACCAUUCAGCAUCGAGGAUAUUCUCAGUCGUUCUAAGAGCCACGGAGAAUCCACAGACUUACGUCGCUCGAUGCCUGAAGAAUUCCCUGAGAAUUCCCAACACGGACAUACCUCUGAUUUUCCAGUGUACGACAGAAGUCCUUGCAGCUCCCUGGAGCACGAGAUGCGAUCGAAUCGGUCAGUAUUCCGAAAAGGACCCUCUUCACCGGAUUGUCAAGCCAGUGUAGUCCGAGAAUUAGAUCUACUCAGAAAAAAUUUGGCUCAGGCGAAUCUAUCCAAUUUCGGCAGCCUCCCCAGAAACAAUUUCGAUAAUUUCGAUCGCCUUGGCAUCGCUUACCGAAAGAUGAAGGAAUCAAGCCGCCAGCAAGACGAAGCCCUGGACAUGAGCAAGAGCAAAUAUCUAGACGACAUCGAGGAUGAUCUUUACGAAUCUCAGGCCCACAGCCAGUCCCUUCAAAGCCGAAAGAAGAGAAGUAGAGCGGCUUUUUCUCAUGCUCAGGUGUACGAAUUGGAGAGGCGAUUUGCAGCGCAAAAGUAUCUCUCGGGGCCGGAGAGGGCCGAUCUCGCGAGGGGCCUUAAGCUCACAGAGACGCAAGUGAAAAUUUGGUUUCAGAAUCGGAGGUACAAGACCAAGAGACGCCAGCAGCAGGAGUUAGGUGCUCUGGUAAAUUCAAAUACUGCCAGGAGAGUUGCUGUGAGGGUCCUGGUUCAUCCUGAUGAGCAUCUCAGAGGGCUUCCACCACUUCGCAGUGCAAAUCUUCAAUUACCCGGACAAAUAGCAUGCCCACCACAAAUCCAUCCAUCGAAUAAAGCUUUAAACACUUUUCCUUACUACUGCCUUCCUUAUCACCCUCUCCUCUGUCCACCUUUGCAUUCACCUCACAUACAAGUUCCAGGGAUUCCCGAAUUGGAGCAAAUUCCACGUGAUACCCAAAUAACAAAAAUCAAUCAUGAGAAAUAACUAGUUCCACCGGAGAAUCUCAUCGUCAACAAAUAAAUGUAAUGAGGGAGCAAACAGUCUCGAUCUUUUAACUACAACAUUUAGAUAAUUACCAUAAUGAUAGCGAAAUUUCUUGUCAAG